UGGAACAUACUUUGCACCUAUUAGAAACGCAAAAAAAGUAAGUUGAAUCGUAGUUUUUACCACAUUUUGAAAUUCCUUGAGAAAUUUUAAGGUCAGAAAGUCAUAUGCUACCUAUAUGUUAUCUAAAGCGGAAAUGAAAGUACUGGAUAAGUUACCCUACUUCAUACUUAGAUGUUAACAUGAACUAGAUUAUGAGUUCAUGAGGUUAGCCUUCUGUGAAGUGCGUGUAUGAGGGUGAAUUAACCUUACUUGAUGCAUUGAAGAAGGAUGAGGACAAAUUAUGCCUGCUGAGAAAUUUUAUAGUAGAUGAUGCUUGGAAGUAAUUUAGUGGGCUAUUUAAGAUGUAUGCUUAGAGUCUAUAGAAUUAUAUGAUUGAUCAAGGUAAGUUUUUUAGUUUCAUGGAUCUUGUGAUAAUACCAUUGGCAUCUUGAAGUUCGAAAAAUGGGAAACAAAAAGUACAGCCCUAAACGUGAGGCGUGCACCUCAAGCUGGCCCGAGAAGCGUGCCCCAGUCGCACCAGCUUGAAAUGGGGGUAUACCUUAGCACUCCCAAGACUGGAAAAGCCUCAGAGGAUGGUGAAAAUGACAGGCUUAGAUAUGGCUUGUCCUCUAUGCAGGGUUGGCGAGCUACUAUGGAAGAUGCUCAUGCCGCGUUCACAAAUUUGGAUGAUUCAACCUCUUUCUUUGGAGUUUAUGAUGGUCAUGGGGGAAAUGAAGUUUCCAAAUUUUGUGCCAAGUUCCUCCAUCAACAGGUGUUGAAUGAUGAAGCCUAUGCAACUGGUGAUCUUGAAAAUUCUGUUAGAAAGGCUUUUCUCAGAAUGGACGAAAUGAUGUGUGGAAGAAAAGGACAGAAGGAGUUGGAACUACUAAGGGGUAAAGUGGACCAAUCUACCAGUAAUGGAGAAAAUUUACAGAAGACUGAAGAAGAUUAUGGCAAGGAUGUCCUGUCUUCGGACGAGGGAACUCAGACAGAUUACAGUGGCCCAAGUUCUGGAAGCACAGCAUGUAUUGCAAUUAUCCGAAAUAAUCAACUGCUUGUUGCAAAUGCUGGUGACUCCAGAUGCGUCAUGUCUCGCAAGGGAAAGGCAUACGAGUUAUCCAAAGAUCACAAGCCAGAUCAUGCUACUGAGAAAAAAAGGAUAUUAGAUGCUGGUGGGUAUGUACAAUAUGGACGGGUCAAUGGGAGCUUGAACCUGUCAAGAGCAAUUGGUGAUAUGGAAUUGAAGCAAAAUAGAUCGCUGCCUGCUGAAAAGCAAAUUGUCACAGCAAACCCUGAUAUAAUUAAGGUCGAUCUUUCUGAAGAUGAUGAAUUUCUUAUAGUAGCUUGUGAUGGGAUAUGGGAUUGCAUGUCAAGUGAACAAACAGUUGAUUUUGUGAAACAACAGUUGAACUCUGAAAAGAAGCUCUCCGUGGUGUGUGAGAGAGUACUAGAUAGGUGUUUGGCCCCAGCAUCUGGUCAGGAAGGCUGUGAUAACAUGACGAUGAUUUUGGUGCAAUUCAAGAAACCUUUAGGCUCUAAACCAUCUUCAACGGAGCCGGUUGUGCCCUCACUACAGUAAUUACACACAGCAGAAUUUGUUGGGCUCCUCAGGCUCACUCUGGGAUAAAACAAGCCGAGAUUUCGAUCAGAUUCGGCACAUUUUUCACUCACUGGCCACCGCCUUCUGUAAAUACUGGUGUUUUAGACAUUUAGCUUCUGUUAGGAAGACUGAAGCGGUUCGGUAUGAAGGUUAAAGGUUUUCUGAUGAGUUGAUUCAGUAGGAAAUGAUGGCAUAUAUUGCUGGAAUAAGGACUCAUUUACUAGGUUGAAACUUGAAAGAAUAAUGAACUAAUUCAAUUACUGAGAGGCUGUUUUCAUUUUUA